AGGGAUGUCGCCGCCAUAUUGGAUGGGUUUACUCGCGCUAGGCUAGCUCCAAAACCAGCUUCAGUCAAGGGAGAAUCUCGACUAUGCCCGUUUUUUGUGCAGCUUUGGGAUGUAACAACCGGCGCUCAGUUGAUAGCAAGUCACGUGGAGUUACAUUUCACAAGUUUCCCAGUGAGCUAAAAUUACGGAGGGUAUGGGAAGUUUCAGUAAGAAGGGUUCCUUUUGUUGCAACGAAUUCCUCCAAGCUCUGCAGUGAGCACUUCAAGCCGGAGGACUUCGAUAGGACGGGACAGACUGUCAGACUGAGAGAGGGCGUAACCCCUUCUGUCUUCAACUUCCCAUCACGUGGCAGAAAGGCUGCAUCAGGAAAGAAAACGAAACCUUCACGGAAAGCUGAGGAGAGCCCACCAGUGGACGUUAGUCAGAAUUUACCUCAAACUAGACCUGAGCCCAAUGAUGCUGUAUUGAGAAGGCAGACAGAUACUUCCCGGAAAGCUGAGGAGAGCCCACCGAUGGCCAUUAGUCAGAAUGAAUCUGAAACUAGACCUCAGCCCAAUGAUGACCACUCCUAUUCAUUGCCAUGUUCUCCCAAUGAUCUAAAAGCAAGACUCCAAGAAGCUUUAGCCAGAGUGGAGAGUCUAGAGCGGGAGAAGAUCAAUGCAGUGGCCCGUGAACGCAGAGCGAAGAAAAUGGUUAAGAGUCUCCAGGAGGAUCUGAAGAAAAAGAGGAGUUGACAGAUAACUGAAUGAAAAACAAGAAUUUUACUUAGAUCUCCAGAUAAACCUGUUUUCAAAGCAGGGCCAUGAAUAAACAAAGGACCAAAGAGUUUGCUCUCACACUGCACCUCCAUGGACAUAAAGCAUAGAACUGUCUAAUGCUGUAUUUACACCAUACAAGUGUGGUGCAUUCAAGAACCUGCUUCUCGGUUUCAUGAACGCGCAUCCAGCCGGUGGUGUUCACACUGGACAUGCAGAUACUGACAGGGAGGGGACUCUUCGUCUUAUGUACUUCACCUGUUUACUAGUGCUUGUCCGCCUUCUACAGUAAGUAAACGCAGAAGCCCGAAA